AUGAGCAACGAAUACGAUUAUCUGUUCAAGCUUUUGCUAAUUGGGGACUCGUCCGUUGGAAAAUCUUGCUUGCUUCUCAGAUUUGCUGAUGACUCCUAUGUAGACAGCUACAUAAGCACCAUUGGAGUGGAUUUUAAAAUCAGAACAGUGGAGCUGGAUGGGAAGACAGUCAAGCUGCAGAUUUGGGAUACUGCUGGACAGGAGCGAUUCAGGACUAUAACAAGCAGUUACUACCGAGGAGCACACGGGAUAAUUAUUGUCUAUGAUGUUACUGAGAUGGAGAGCUUCAACAAUGUCAAGCAGUGGCUGAAUGAGAUUGACAGAUAUGCAAGUGACAGUGUGUGCAAACUUCUAGUUGGAAAUAAGUGUGAUUUAGUUGAGAACAAGGUUGUUGACACACAAACGGCCAAGGCUUUUGCUGAUGAACUUGGGAUCCCUUUCCUUGAGACAAGUGCUAAAGACUCCAUCAAUGUUGAGCAGGCUUUCUUAACAAUGGCUAAUGAGAUAAAGAAAAAAAUGGGCAGCCAACCAACAGCUAACAAGUCGAGCGGAACUGUUGAAAUGAAGGGUCAGCCGAUUCAGCAGAAUGGCAAUUGUUGUGGUUAG